GUUACCCUGUGGUGGGAAUGUGGGGUAUAAAAGCGCGCACACAGACCCCAUGAGAGGACGCAAGCCGCGCGCAAUCACACUUCAGAUAUUUCUGCGCUGAAUUUGACGGAACAGCAGCGAAGAUGGUUUGCUUGAUAAGGUUCACACUUCUCUUCUGUUUGUGCAUAAUGAAGAUGUCUGCACUGAACUUUUUCCCUGAGAAAUUUGAAAUUGCUGAGAGACACGCAUCCAUUACCCUGACCUGUAGAACAGAUAAAGACGAAAUCACAUGGAGACGAGAGGACGCAAAUACCAUAGAGAACAUAUCGCAAUCAGAAUUUGAAAUCCUCAGUGGACGGAAUUUGACCGUGAUUGACCUGCAGGAAGACCUGACAGGGAAUUACACCUGCUGGAGCGAUUCGGGUCUUGAAGACUACACCUAUCUCCUGCUCGACAAGUCUAAAGAAACUACAGCUUUUAAUAUCAACUGCACAGCUGAGACGUUUUCCUGCACUGAAAAAAUCAAAUGCGCCUGGACCAUAAAUGAUUUUACAGAUGAAUUUGCUUUCAGACUUCGCAAUACAAGGGAUAAUGGUGACUGGGUGUCACAGCCCGUGGAUGGGGUAUUUUUUCUCCAACAUUCCACUAAUUCAUACUCUGAGGAGUCCGAGCGGAUGCUGAUUAUAGGGGAGGCGGCUUCCACGUGCUGCUAUAUGAAAACUGAACAAAGUUUCUACCUACGAGACAUCAUUAAGCCAGCGAAUCCAAACAUUUCAAUCUGCACUAUAAAAAAUGAGGGGAGUGACAAUCAAAUCGUAGAAUUAGAGGUGGAGCCUCCCUCCACCUGGCCGCAGCCCCACAGUUUCUUUCCUCUGAAGCAUCAGAUCGAGUAUGAGAUACGACACGACGGGAAGCUGAAGACUAAAGAAUGGGAAGAGGGGUCAAAGUUCAAAGUCCGGGGUUCCAUCACAAAACUAAGGGGCCGCUGCAGAGACCUGCUGCUCCUCUCUCAGUGGAGCGAGUGGAGCGAGUGGAAAAACGUGACCGAUGGGGGAAAAGGAGGCCGUAGCAAAGGACAAAGAAAGAAACCAAGAAACAAGAAGAAAAAUAAAAUUAAUAAGAAAACAAAGCAAAGAAAUAAAAAUAAAAAACAACAACAUCUGAAUUGAGCAAUUUGUAAAAGCAUUUGAUGCAGAUUGAAACAUUGUAAACAGACUGUGAAUGUGUGUAUAAACACUAAUGCUGAGCUGAGCAGGUUUCUGAAUCUUUUAGUCAACCGAAGGAGGCAGAAGUGAGGACAGAGGGGACGCUGCCUCCUUUUGGGAGCUUUAUGGAAUUAUCUUAACUUUUCGUACAAGACAACUCAACAGAUCUAUAACAGUGAAUUUUUUUAAGAAAUAAAAUAUUGUAUUUGCAAAAAAAA